AUUCUCUUUGCUUUCUCAGCACCAUCCACCCGAUAGUGGCGCCGGCGGAGCGCGGGAACUUUGAAAAUAUUUCAUUUUUUAUUUGUUACUUCAUAGCGUGUGUACGGUACACGUGCUAGCUUUUGUUUUGGUGUAUGACUUUAAUAAAAAGAUGAAACCUCGAAAUAAUGCUGUUUUGCAGGUCAGAUCAAAGGAAAGACGAAUGCAAAACCUAAUGAGGACGAAUUAUCGCAUUGUCAGGAAUUUCAUUUGUCAGGAUGAUGUCAAUUUCAAGCAAGUGAGGCAAAUGCAGUCAUCAAGCUUAGUAUCUUAUGAAAGCAAUCGUCUCUAUGCCGACAACUACAGAAGAUGCUAUUCUUGGUGUGGUCACAAUGGAAAACCAUCGCGUCUUUACAAGCUUCCCAAGGUCCCAGCCAAAGAGAAGGUUGAAGAUGCCCUUGUGUGUGAAUUCCAUCCGGAGGAUGCAAAUGACGACACCAGGCCACACCUUAUCACUCUGACGAAAGAUAAGUGGAUUAUAAGACGUGAUCUCAACACAGGGCGUGUGCUCCAAUCAGUCUACCUCCACCCUCGGCUCAACUUCAGCUAUCUCAGUUGGAAUGAGGAGGGAUUUUCAUUUAUUGUCAAGACAACCAAAUCACAAACUAAUCAAUUCAUGAGAGCGGCUGAUGUCCAAUCUAACAUUCUUCUUACAAUGGCCGUAUUCACUAUCUAUCCAUUAGAGUUGAAGGCAUGCAUGGAAAUCGAUUGUAGGGUGUUUGGUACUGAUACUACUGGUGCCCAUUUAGACGGAGGCAACAUCCUCUUCACUUCUCACCAACGAGGGCUUGUUCGGUUCUACAGCUUUGAGAGAAUACUAGAUGAGCACCCUAGUGAACUUCGUCUAGGAGAUGACUUUCCAAGUGGUGAUGCAGAAGGAUGCAAGAUUGGGGCAUUUCCUCAUGGAAUACCUAUCACACUCAAACUCAAAGAGAAACCAGCAGUGCUGUUUGAGGUGCGAUGUUUUGAGCAUGAUAUCAAUUUUGGGGGAUUCCCCUGGCAUUUCAUGAUGUCACCGCCAACGCAAAGGGGAGAUCCCAGCGAGAUCAAGGUUUACAGUCUCGAAAACAAGGAACUGGCAAUCAAUGGUACGUUAGAACGCAACAUUGUAGCUGCGGACAAUGGCGUGCCCACAUCUUUUUUCUAUUUGGAUGGUUCAGAUCGCAUCAUCAACACUAAGAUGCGUUCCCUUAGUGUACUGAAAUUCAAGCAACAUGAAGAUGGGCGAUGUGAGCUGGUGGAGGACCAUGUGAUAAAUCCCUGGCCUUACCGCGACGAUCGCAAGCUUGAGAGAAAAAUGAAAGAAAUGGGAACAUCGUUGUCAAGCAGUGGUAGACUUAUUAGGCAUCGGCAGUAUGGCGCCUAUUAUGAUGAGGAGGCCUCAAUGUAUGAAGCAUACAGCGAGGAGAUGAUUAAUAACUUUGGCUGUGAAAUUGAAAUGGACAUCUUAGCUAUUUCUAUGGCGACUCGAGACUGUGAUACGGAUAGUCUCAUCGGCCACGUGACCCUCCAUGACUCUCCAACGGGACGCCUCCUGAAGACAUUCAGGAUGCCUGGAGAAUGGGAUGAGAAUGUGGAGCACCAUUUUUCGCUGGACCUUGACACUUUGGUCCACAGCUACAAGGAGAGAUCAGGGAAGUGGAUGUGCCAGGUCUUCAGAGCUCAAAGAAAACGCAAGGAAUCAUCAAAGAGGAGAACCGGUAAACAACCCCACAGGUCCAGAAAAAGGUGGCAUCUACUGUGAGUGCUUAUUGAAUCGUCUUGUCGUCGGAUUUGAUAACUUUCCUGAUUUUGAUAGGCUGAGAAGCAUAGAUGUAUGACUGUUGGCAUCCACAGUGAGUGCUCAUCGAGCUGUCUGUCGUAGCAGAAUCGUAGGCCAGUGGUCUAUGCGCUAGACAAGUGAAGAUCAGGGUUCAAGCCCCGUCACGGCACUGGUAAAGGUAAAACACCACACAGGUGCAGUAGAAGGUAACAGCUACUAUUGAGUGGUUAUUAUAAGCUGUUUUGUUGCAGUGGAAUUGUAGUCUAGUGGUCUAUGCGCUAAAUACGUGAAGAUCAGGGUUCAAGCCCCAUCACAAAACUGGCAGAGGUAAACAACUGCAAUGCAAAGGUUUAGGAAAAAGUUGCUUCUACUGUGAGAGCCAAUUGAGCUUUUUGUUGAAGCUGGUUUUGUUGCAGUUGAAUCAUAGUCUUAUGGUUUAUGCGCUAGACACAUGAAGAUCAGGGUUCAAGCCCCAUGACAGCACUGGCAGAGGUAAACAGCCACGCAGGUCCAGGAAUAGGUAGCACAAUAUAGAGCACAGCGAUUUGAUUAUGGGGCUGAAUUUCACGAUUGAACAUACACAAUUAUGCAAUUAACCAUAGAAAUCAGCUCUGUUACGGGUCCCAGUAAAUGUAAUAAUGAUAGAAAUGAUUAUAACAUAAAAAUGCUUUAUUACAUCCAUACAAACCAUUAUGAUAUCAUAUAUGACUCUUGACACCAUAAUGAAAUAAGCGUGUCACCAGCUUGGUGCCAUUUUCUCCAAUUCUGAAAAAAAAAAGUGUAUCGUGUAUGAUUAAUGAGUAAAAUCAUUCUUGUCAGCGUAUCUGAACACUGUUAAUAAUGUUGCUGUGCAAUGCCAUAUCUGAACAGUGGUUAUUAGUCAAAAUUUUCUCUUUUUAAAGAGAUUUAACUUUUCCUCCCAUACAGUAGUUUGUAUUUUCUUGUUUUCCCUAAAGUUUUUUUUUUCUUCAAGAUACAGUAUUAAAGUGGAGUUAUGUAGUGGUUAUGCUAGUCAAACAUUGCCCAAAUUUCUACUUCUCUAUGGUGGCCAUUACUGCAAAUGAUCCGAUUUGUAAAUUAUGAAAAUGUUUGUAUGUUGCUAAUCGAUCACCAAAAUUUCUAUUUCUGUUUAACCUUUGCUUUACAAUGAACCCCUCCCCCCCCCCCUCCCACCAAAUGUUCAAAAUAUCAACUGGAUUGGUGAAAUAUAGAAAUACAUUAACAUUUAUGACAUUUUAAGAAUUCCCACCUCUAUUAUAGCAAUUGUUUCAUUGAUAAAACUGAAAAUGGUCAAAUAAGUAAAGUAUCUUGAAAAUAUGAAUAUGAUGUUUAGAUAUCGCCGAAACAUCCACUUCUCUUGAAUUUUGAGAUUUAUUCAUUUCCAUUCAUAAAAUACAAUCAAAGUAACAUUUCAGAGUCAAAAUAUCACAGAGAGUUCAAUUUUAAUCAUCACAAUACAUAAAUUCGAUUUUAUUUCCAACAGAACAUAAUUUAUAACAAAUUAUUUUCGUACAUGUCUAUACGCCUAGAUGAAUAUUUUUUUAGGUUAAGUAAUUAUCUUUAGAAUAUUCAAAUUCAAUUCUUUAUCCCUUUGUAAAAAAUAUGUCUAUAUUAAAAAAAAUACAUGAAAUGGGAUGUCUAAACAUAUAUAUUUCAACUAAAUAUGUGUAAGCAAUUCAUAUUUUUAUAGUAGCCUACACUAAAACUGUCGUGGUAGUGAUUUUCUCAGUGGGCUCAAUCAGGUUUGGCUGGGGGGUAAGGAGCAUUUCAGGGUGUUUGGUGAUAUUUCCCGCUCAAUAUUCUGAACAAAUUUAAGCUCAAUCUAAAAACAUAUCCACAUCGUGAAUUAAUCAAGUAGGUCCCUAGUUAAUGAUGCAAAUUACGUUUCACAAUAGCAAUACUUUUUAGUCGGAAGAUGUAUCCUACCUGUUGUAAGCACGUUCUGCAGGUGUUUGAGGAUUACGAAAUGGGGUCAUUAACCAUGAUCUUUGCGGGUAACCAGAGUCACCAAGAGUGACACCUUCCAAUUCACCACGCUGGAAUGAUUGUCCUACUGCUGAAUUCUCGAAGACUCUGCUGUCAUGCACAGAUCCUGGCCACCGUGCACUUACAUUGAUGAUGUUGUACUUGGCAUCACUUAUGUACUGAACAUUGAUGCUGUGCCAUCCUUUCCUGUUGAUGAAGGCGUAUUCAGUGUCCCCCAAAGGGCUGCCAUCAAGCCAAAUAUGAGUACAGUCCACUGCCCCGACGACCAUGGGGAAUCCACUCAUCUCCAUGAACUCCCUCUGCUUUUCAACCACUCACUGGCCGCCAUGUUAUCACUUCAUCUUUCAAGUUUGCCAGAGCUUCGGAAACUCUAGCAACUAUUCUGCACACGCUAGCUGAAGAAACACCAUGCUCCUUCUGGACACUGGAGUAAAAGUCGGAUGUUGCAUAAAAGUUUAGAGCAACAAACACCUGCAGCCUUGAGUCUAUGGAAUGACUCCUCUCUGUCAAAGGGGCUAUGCGGUCCUGAAUUAGGUCGAUGAUCCUCAUCACCCCUUGCCAAGUGAAACGGUAGUACUUAUGCAUCUUCUUAUCGUUUAAUACAUCCAAGGGAUUGGUCCUAUCCCAGAAGACACGCUCUCGAUUGAGCGCUCGAGCGUUAUUAACGUACAGAAGAAGAGCCAUGAUGAGAUAAACUUAUGAAAACUAUUC